AUGGCGACGGCUCGCAGAGAAGAUGUAAUCGCCGAACUAGUUGCUGAGGGGCUUGACGCGCCACAGUUGGACGUGACAAAUGAGGAGAGUAUAGCUGCCUGUCACAAGCAAGUCCAAGAAAGAACAGGAGGCAGGCCGAAUAUUGUGGUUAACAACGCUGUACCCUUGACUUGGUGUUAUUUCGAUCUCUAUAUUAACACAUCCUCGCUUAGUGGACGGAUUUACAUCUCUCCUGCUACUGAUUUGUCCAUGUCAGAUGUCCGCACCACCUUCGAGACAAAUGUCUUCGGGAUCAUGGCCAUGGUCAAGGCUCUUGCAGACCAUAUUAUCGCGGCGCGGGGCCUGAUCAUCAGCAUCUUCUCUUGCGCAGCUGUGACGCCAUACGUAUUCGCAUCAGCCUACUGUCUCAGCAAGUGCGCCAUCAUGAGCUACAGUCGGACACUCCGACAGGAGCUGUGGCCUUUCGGGAUUUGCGUCAUGGUUACCAUGGCGGGCAUCGGCAAGUCUAAGAUUGCCGAGAAGCCGCAGCCCAGUCUUAUGCCAGGCUCGUUAUAUGAGGAGAUGGGCGAUCUGUACACGCGAUACGUAUACCUGAGGCAGGAGGAGGAGGUGACUGAUACGGAUCUGUUCGCGAAGGAGCUGGUCAAUCAUGCGCUGAAGUCCGAGGGCAGGCUUUUCGGGCGACCAAACUGA